AUGACUGACGGGAGGCACUACUACACCAGCUCACUUUUCGCCCACUGUGGCACUGUUGUUUAUAUCUCUGAUCCUGUGCUGAUUAAAAAAGUCCUUGUUAAUGAGCCAACAGGCUUCACAAGGAGCCCAUAUGCGAAAAAGAUGUGUCCAUUGUUUGGAAACGGUGUGUUCACAAGCCUUGGAAAAGAACAUGCAAUGCAGCGUAAGAGUUUGAACCCAUAUUUCUCGACAGUAAAUGUCCAAGAGUAUUUACCAAUAUUCGUGAAAAAGACCAAGGAGCUCGCUGAAUUCUGGUCACAAAAACUGGCUCAAAAUAAAAAUCUACCAUUUGAAACAGAAAUAAUGGAAAAGUUUAUACAUUUGACUCUUGAUAUCAUUAGCCUGGCGGCCUUUGGAUAUGACUUUGAUUGCGUUUCAAAUGGACAUUCUGAAGAGAGUUCAUCAUUCAACAAGAUAAUGUGUGGCAACUUCAAUGUUGUUAGGAAGUCGCUGGAAACGUUGAUACCUUUUCUAAAAUUGAUUCCUUCAAAGGAGCGUGACGAAGAAGAUAAAGCAGAGAAAGUUUGUUGGAAUGUUUUAGAAAGGAUUAUAGAGCAAAAGAAGUCAGAAGUAAACCCUAACAGCUCUGAUGCUCCGAUGAAAAAGAACUUACUUGACAAGAUGAUCGAGUUAUCAAACUCGGGUUGCAGCUCUUUUACUAGCAGAGACCUUCUGCAUCAUGUUUUUACUUUCAUGAUUGGCGGACACGAGACCACAAGUACUACUUUGACAUGGAUGGUUUUCCUUUUUGCAAAGCAUCCAGAAGUACAAGAGAAGGCCAAGGAAGAAGUAAGAAAGGUUUUGGGGAAUAAGCAAGAUAUCACUAUGUCUGAUAUUAGUGAGCUUGCCUAUUUGAGCAACUGUAUCAAUGAAUGCAUGCGGUUAUACCCAGUUGGAGCAGGAUUUGGGCGGUUGGCAGCAAAAGAGUGCAAACUGGGGCAGUAUACCAUACCUGCUAAUACCUGUAUGAUGAUAUCCCUAGCAAGCUUGCACCAUAAUGAGAAGUAUUGGAAAAAUCCUGAGGAUUUCAACCCAAGUAGAUUCGAUAAAGCAGGUCAGGCUUUAGACGUAAUACAAGGUUGUAUAAGGCUUUUAUAG